AAAAAAUAAGGUAAGCACAAUGAAUAUAGGACGAGCAGAAAUACAACAAUUAAAUGAUGGAAUUAAAUUCUAUAUGAAAUAUAGGUACAAAUAAAUAUAUUUUUUAAAUUUCAAAUUUACCAGAAAUGUAUCAGCUACAAUGCAAAAAAGAGUUUUAGAUUGUAUUAAUUAUAUUCAGAGACAUGCACAAAUACAGGACGAAGGCGCCGUUCUAGGAACAAUUCCCCCACGUUUAAGAGGAGAAUUAGCCGUUCAUUUACAUUUGGAAAAUCUUAGACGUAUAGAGCUUUUCACAGAAUGUGAGCCUUCUCUUCUAUACGAGCUUGUUAUUCGUUUUACAAUGAAAAUGUUUGCUCCGAACGAUUUUCUAUGUAGGAGUGGGGAUUUGGCAAAGGACAUGUUUGUAUUAAAAAGGGGAACACUUGACAUUUUGUCUGAUAAUGGCGAGCACUAUUCUAGAUUAACCCAAGGAGGGAUAUUUGGUGAAAUGGCUAUAUUAAAGCCUUUGGGGCCGUUGGGGAAGUUGCUAGCUAGGAGACGUUAUUCUCUCCGUUCUGUUGGGUAUUCAGAGGUUUAUUUACUCUCUCAAGAGGAUGCCUUAGAUGUAUUUUCGGAUUAUCCUGCAACCUCCCUAUUACUCGAAAACAACGAAAUUUGCUUGGAGGAUUUAGUUGAAAAAACAAAAUUUAAUCCGUUUGAGUUAAGCGGAACGGAAAGUGUUAAUGAAAUAUUUCAAUUACUCAAAGAAACAUUGGAUAAACUAGAUAAGGAAUUAGACACAGUUUAUGUCAAGUUUGCGGGUAGCAGUUCAUCCUUAAAAAAGCAGGUGACAAAACUAGAAGGUUUAUAUCUCGAGAACCGUCAGUUACUUAAAAAUACUUUUAUGAGAACAACGAAGAAGUCUAAACAGAAUUUUAAACAAAUUUAA